UAUUUGAGCAACAGCGAUAUUAAAAAGUACCAAUGAAAAGUUCAGACUCAUUAGACAGCACUAGGGUGUAAGUGCAGCAGCUCUUCUUCAGUUUCACACACACCCUGAGUUCUCCUCUACCCGUGACCCCUGUGUAGGGCAGGUGGGGUGAUAGACUCCGCCCCCGCGCUCGCGCUGCUGACUUACACGGAGCGGUUCAGGAGCAGCAGCGACCGGAGGCGCGCGCAGGGCAUGUGACCGUGUCAGGGGGUAAUAAAGUAAGAGUGUUGCCAUGGAUACGGUGCUUCACCUCAUCAAUGACACAGAAGAGUUUUACAGAUGGAGCCUUACCAUAGCAGACAAGCGGGUGGAGCAGUGGCCGAUGAUGUCAUCACCCCUCCCCACACUGGGCUUUAGUGUGCUGUAUUUGCUCUUCCUGUGGGCGGGGCCUCGAUACAUGCAGCACCGAGAUGCUUUCAAACUGCGCAAAACUCUCAUCAUCUACAACUUCAGCAUGGUGCUGCUCAACUUCUACAUCUGCAAAGAGCUGUUGUUGGGUUCCAGAUCAGCAGGAUACAGCUACCUCUGUCAACCUGUCAACUACUCCAACGAUGUCAAUGAAGUUAGGAUAGCGUCAGCUCUCUGGUGGUACUACAUCUCUAAAGGUGUGGAGUUUUUAGACACUGUGUUCUUCAUCAUGAGGAAGAAGUUUAACCAGAUCAGCUUCCUGCACGUCUACCAUCACUGCACCAUGUUCAUCCUCUGGUGGAUUGGUGUCAAAUGGGUCCCCGGAGGCCAGUCAUUUUUCGGUGCAACUAUAAACUCAGGGAUCCACGUGCUGAUGUACAGCUACUACGGUCUCGCAGCUGUGGGUCCACACAUGCACAAAUACCUUUGGUGGAAGAAAUACCUCACUAUCAUUCAGAUGAUUCAGUUCCACGUCACUAUCGGUCAUGCAGCUUACUCUCUGUACUCCGGCUGUCCGUUCCCAGCAUGGAUGCAGUGGGCCCUCAUCGCUUACGCCAUCACCUUCAUCAUCCUCUUCGCCAACUUUUACUACCAGACCUACCGCCUACGGCCGCGUUCUAAAUCACACAAGAGCACCUGUAACGGUGUCCCUGAGUCCUCCAUACCUAAUGGGUCAGUGAGGAGUGUGGAGCACCUAGAGGAGAAUGGGAGGAAACACAAGAAAGAACGAACGAAGAAGGAGUGAAGGAAAGUUAAAGGAGCGCUGGGAACUAUACAUCAGUGGGACUGUGGGGUGUUUACAAGGAAGUAGUGUGUGUGUGUGUGUGUGUCUGUGUGUGUGUGUGUAGGCUGUUUGUUGAAGGGCUAGAUGGUGUUUACAAACCACUAACUACGCUAAGUGUGUAACUGAUGGGGAAGGUGACAUAAUUCAGUGCUGACUGAGUGGCUGAUAUUCUUCUAGGUCCUGCUUUAUUUAUUUAUUUAUUUAUUUAUAUUUCUGUUUAUUCAGCUAUGUGCCGUUCAUUAUGCUAUUUAUCUGAAUAUUCAGUCAGUGAGGAUCGUCGUGAUCUUCCUCUAACAACCAGCUCAUCUGAUAAUCUGUCAUUUUUAAUGAAUAUUGUAAAAGAUGAGUGUGUUGUGUAGAAUAUCAGGGAUAUGAUGAUGGUCGUAUCAGCACAGAAACGCUUAUUUAAAUCUCAGUAAACACAUCGAGAUCAGACACAGAAAUAAAGUGAAUAAAAUGAAAUCAGAUUCAAACGCAAACUUAAACAGAAUGACAUUUAAAUAAUCUUGUGUAAUUACAGACCCCAGUUUUCUCUAAUGUUUAUUGCAGUGUGUGUGAGAGUAUGUGUGUGAGAGUAUGUGUGUGAGAGUAUGUGUGUGAGAGUAUGUGUGUGAGAGUAUGUGUGUGAGAGUAUGUGUGUGAGAGUAUGUGUGUGAGAGUAUGUGUGUGAGAGUAUGUGUGUGAGAGUGUGUGAGUGUGUGUGUGAGUGUGUGUGUGUGAGUGUGUGUGUGUGAGUGUGUGUGUGUGAGUGUGUGUGUGUGUGUGUGAGUAUGUGUGUGUGAGUAUGUGUGUGUGUGAGUAUGUGUGUGUGAGUAUGUGUGUGUGUGAGUAUGUGUGUGUGUGAGUAUGUGUGUGUGUGAGUAUGUGUGUGUGAGAGAGUGUGUGUGUGUGAGAGAGUGUGUGUGUGUGAGAGAGUGUGUGUGUGUGAGAGAGUGUGUGUGAGAGUGUGUGUGUGUGAGAGUAUGUGUGUGAGAGUAUGUGUGUGAGAGUAUGUGUGUGAGAGUAUGUGUGUGAGAGUAUGUGUGUGAGAGUAUGUGUGUGAGAGUAUGUGUGUGAGAGUGUGUGUGUGUGAGA